AAAUCUUCCACUCAGCAAAGUUUUUCUAUAAAAAAAGCCAUUUGGCUGAUGAACCACCUGAAGAUGGCUUUGGCGCCUCCCUUUUGCCGGGUGUUAUCCUAUAAAGGGAAAUGUGGACGCUUCAGUCUUACGGCAGCGCUCGAAAUAGCUACAUCAGCUACUGUUUAGCAAUCGGAAGUAUUUGCCGAGUUUUACAUAACUAAAGUGAUUUUUGUGAACAAUUUAAUAUAAGAAUGCUUAACUGAACAUGACCAUUCUACACUCAUGCUGUUGCUGGAAGUCUGUAAGACCGGGAAGCAUUGCUUGUGGAGUUUAUACAGGAAUCUACUAUACAGUGAAUGCAGUUCAGUCAGCUUAUCUUCUCCAUGAGGAGAUUCGCUUUAUCAGCAACAGGUCCAAGUCUUCUUUGGUUGACCACGAUUUGACCAGCGGGACAUCUACCGUGUUUUCAGCCCUAAUUUUUGCCCUUUCCUCAACCGGAGUCGUCAGUACAGUUUUUCUAUUUUAUGGAAUAUUCAGGGACUUAAAAUGCCUGCUGCUCCCAUGGAUUUGCAAUAUGACUGUCUUCACUAUAGUGGAUGUUUUCUACAUUAUUCACGGACUGCUCAUACAUGCGCUUCAAUGGAAUCCUUCGGUUGCCAUUCUCAUAACAAUCGAUUUCUUCCUCAAUGCGUUGAACCUUUACGCGAUAUUGUGUGUUAUCUCGCAAUAUCAAGAGUAUAAAGCCGGACGAGGAAAACAUCUAACUAACUCACACCUGAGCUCUAGCCAUCAGCAAGUGGGCGCCAGUGGCUUGACCGUACGCAAACCGGCAAUUUUUCUGGACAGAAAAUGCAAAGCAACCGGAAAUCCAGCGGGAAAACCGAAAAAAACCGUGAAAUUCGGAGAUGGUUCCAAUAAAAGCACUCUUAUGGUUCCGCCCCUAUGGGACGAACCGAAACUGGCAUCGAACGGGUUUGAUACCGCGCCAUUGAUCGACACGAAUCACACAAAUGUGCAUGUAGGAGUAGGAAAAAACACUUUUAAGUAAAAUAAAGCAACGCUUUAUGGAAUAAA